AUGUCCUCCGUAUCCCAAGCCACAAGAUGGUUAUUGCGGCCAUCGCUUACAAGGACCGCCAUACUCCCCCAUGUUCCAGUUGCUCGCCUUCAUCAACAGGGUCCGUCACGCUCAGCAGUUGUCCAUGAACAAGCCCUUCCACAGAGCCAAACUCAAGUCCCUCCAGUAGAGACAUCUCCAUUCGUGUCUCAAUCCAGACCUCAACAAACCGCCGCGCCAUCUACUUCCUCACCCGUCCCCAAUGAAAACGCCAACCUCGACGCCCUUAUCUCCCAAAUCCCCCUCGUCCAGUCCCUUCGCACAUCCCGAAAAGCUUACAAAGAAUCCCGUCCGCACCUCGCGAUUCCACCCGCUAUCCGGCAGCACCACUUCGUGGGUGGCAGUCUCGCCGGCGCCGGAAAACUAGCGCUGGCGCCAUAUAUGUGGACUGCGUCUCGGAAAGCCGGAGGAGACGCCACCAGCAAUGCGCGUGCGAGCAGUGUCGUCUCCGUCUUCCACAUCGGCCGAGAUUUGUGCGGGCAUCCGGGCUUCGUACAUGGGGGCCUGCUUUCCGUGCUGUUCGACGAGGUUUUCGCGCGGUGCGUGUCAGCCGCAUUCCCGAGCCAAUUGGGCAUGACGGCAAAUUUGAAUGUAGAUUACCGCAAGCCGGCGUUGCCGGAUCGGUUGUACGUCUUGCGUGCAGAGACGGUCAAGGUCGAGGGGCGAAAGGCUUGGGUUGAGGGACGGAUGAGUUAUCUACCUCUGCCUGUGUCCGUUCUCGAUAUCCAGAGCAUGGUGUCUGAUGUGUCUUUACUUGACCAGGAUGGUGAGGGCGCAGUGAUGGUUUCGGAGGCUAGGGCUUUGUUUAUUGAGCCGAAAUUCGCCGAUGUGAGUAUUGACCCCCUGGAGCUCCAAGAGUGUUUGGAUCUAGGAAUAGUUGCUAAUGGUGUUUAUUAG